AUGCCCACUACAAGGCGCUCGAAACGUGCCCGCGCCGAUACGAAUGGCGAUGCCGUUGAUCCGCUAUCUUCUGGCGUUGGAGCGGAGAGCCUCUCAUAUGCGCGACCGAAACGGAUACGCGUGUUGACGAAGAAGGCAUCGCCUAUCAAGCCAGCCGCAAGGCGGCCCUCUACCGUAAGGAAGGCCGCAAAGAGACACCCCCCCACGAAGAAGGCCGCGCCCACGAAGAAGACCCCCCGAAUUGUUGUUCGAAAUACGACCGAGAUACCGUCCGAGAUGCCAGAGUCGGAAUACAAUGUCGAAGAAGAAGAAGAGCCGCCCGCGCGGGUGCAACAGAGGCAACCGAAGCUUAUUAUCCGGGGCUCAAGCGUAAUCUCAGAGUCGCAGUCUGGGAUUGACGGCGUUAUUGUUGAUCCUUUCAACGGCCACGACGAUGUUGACGACGAUAUCGUCUUUACUGGCGCCCAGUCGAAACCGCAUAACCCGCCUCGACCGACCACCAAAAACGACAGCCAGAUUACCACCAGCCCGCCAGAGCGACCCUUCCCCCCCCCUCUACCGAAGUCGAUCUUCGUCAAGAUUCAACGCGAUGUCAAAUGGUUCCGUAGCCAGUAUCUUUCGACGUUCAAAAUCCUCCCGCCAGUGCCCUCGCGAUAUCUACGUCGACAAGCAAUUAAGGUCGAAAGCGACAUCGCGAUGUUUAAUAUAGCACCUCGGUCGCCUUCGUCGGUUAGCCGCAUUGACUUUGACUCGCUUAUGAGCCAGAUGAUAGAGACUGGGGGCACCGAAUUCGAGCUAACUUUGGAGUUCGAGUUUGAACUUGAACCGCCCAUCAACAACGACGAUCUAGUUGUCGCCGCUUCGCCCACGCCGAUUCGAGGCUUCUCGACGCCAGUCCUAGCCCCCUCCCGAACUUCCGGGUCCCGACCCGGGCGCGCGGGCGCGCAGCUGCCCAGAGGCGUAUCCGCAACGCCGAUAUCUAACAGAGGCACCCCGAAGGCGCCUUCGACCCGCAAGUCAACAAGCAAUACGAUGGCGGAGGAGAUGUACCGACGUUACGAAGCCGACAUCGCCAAGAGCCGCACUGAUGGAGUCGUAACCACGCGCCUCGUAUUCGACGAGCUCCAUUUUCGAUGGAAAUGCGACCUCGGUUCGAAGUGCAAGAACUUUCGUAACGGCGCGCCAGCUACUUGGUGCUGGCGCGAACCGGGCGACCAGAAGCAUCAUCCGCUUACGAAUCAAGACCUCCAAGUGUGGGCUACGGCGAUACGAGAUGGGAAGACCACGAAGGAUAACCCGCCCGUCCAGUUCCAUAGAAAAUGGCGGGAAGCGGUGGAACAACAAGAACAACAACAAGCCGCUAAGCAAAGCGUAACAACACUGGCCCUGGCGCCCCCCCCCCCCGGGGCGAUAUGGGGCACCGGUAACUCAUCUUACCCGCCUCCAUCGACGGGCACUAUCGCCGACCCACUACUACCGCAGUGGCUGUACAAUACCUCGGCGUCAUCCUACCCGAGUCGUCGGGCCGUAACACUUGAUAUCCCGAUACGAUCUUCGUCGCCGGCGCCGGCGCCUCCAACAAGCAAGACGAUGGCCGAACUGAUCAACGAAUUCGCCCGCCAAUUCGCGCGUCAAUAUCUGAUGGGCGCCUACAACGAACAAGCCCGUACGGCAUUGAAUGCUGUAAAGCACCGCUUGAUUGAAGAAGGCCACAGUCUGGUGGCGUUGAAGGCGCUGCCAGAGACGUUUUUCCAGGAGUGUGGUCUACCGGGCUUCUUGGUGGCGCCGUUAAGAGGGCUAGUCAAGACCUUCUUAAAGGAUGAGGUCGAAUUAGCUACUCUUGACGAGGGCGAAUAUCAACAAGAUCAGCCAAUUCAGCCGUCCUCGACAUUACUAUCUCCAAACGAUCCGUAUGGCGCGGACUCGCUAAUUAAUACCUCCUCGCAUCCCGCCCCCCAAUUGCCGUCCGACUUUCUGCAAUCUACCAACAACGAAGGCGACGAUGACGAUAACGACGAAGUGUCAACGGCAUCCAACGCAUCCGAGCUAUAA